AUGUUCGGGUUCGGAAGGAAAAAGGAAGACAAGCAAGACGUCGAUAAAAAGAAUGUCAACCUUGUGGAACGAAGAGUCCCUUUUGAGCAUCCGUCGGAUGACAUCAGUCCUCCUGCUGAGAAGCCAUUGACCAAAGAACAACAAGAAAAAUAUAUAUUGGUUCUCAAACACUUCCUUACCGUCAAGGAAAUCAGUGAUGUUGAAAAAAAAACCGCAUCUUCCACUUCGUCCCCGUUGACAGAGAUUGAAAAAGCCUGGUUGACCCGCGAAUGUUUCCUUCGUUACUUGCGUGCCACUAAAUGGAUUGUCCAAGAUGCCAUCGAUAGAAUUGAAGGCACUUUAUCCUGGCGUAGAGAAUUCGGGAUCAGCAAAAUUGGUGCCGACAACACAGUUAAUGCCGAGCUAACCGCUCCAGAAAACGAGACCGGCAAAGAGUUGAUCUUGGGGUUUGAUAACGGUGCACGCCCAUGUCUCUAUUUGAAACCAGGGCGUCAAAAUACUGCCACUUCCCAUCGUCAAGUUCAACACUUGGUGUUCAUGUUGGAAAGUGUCAUCAAUUACAUGCCUCCAGGACAGGAUUCUUUGGCAUUAUUGAUUGAUUUCAAAGCCCACAAAGUUCCUGGUGGUAAAGGUUCCAAAAUCCCUCCGGUAGGUACUGGAAGAGAAGUGCUUCAUAUUCUUCAACAACAUUAUCCGGAACGGUUAGGCAGAGCGUACCUUGUCAAUAUUCCAACGCUUGCCUGGGCAUUCCUUAAGAUUAUUCACCCAUUUAUCGAUCCAUUGACCCGUGAAAAACUUAUUUUUGACCAACCAUUUGUCAACUAUGUGCCAGUCAACCAGCUCGAUAAGGAAUUCGGUGGAAAUGUGGACUUCGAAUACGAUCAUGAAGUUUACUGGCCAAAAAUGAAUGAAAUUUCUUUGACCAAACAAAAACUGUAUAUGGAAAGGUUCAAUAAGUUUGGUGGAGUGAUUGGCUUGAGCGAGGUUGAUUUGCGUGGAACCAAUGAUGAUCUUAAAUUUCCUGCUCUCACUUUGGAUGAAAUUGAGCAAGGGGCUGCUGAAGAAAAAUUGAGUAAAAUGAUCUCCGAAUUAUCAGUUGCUAGCCAAGAAACCAUACCCAUCAAGGGGGAGAAAGCUUCUGAAAUUUUGACUUCAGUCACCAAAGAAGAGGAGACUGCCGUUAAUGCUUGA